UGUGAAUGCGUGCGUGCGUGUGUGUAUGCGUGCAUGUGUGUGUGUGAUGCCCCAUCCCUACCAUUCCCCCUAAUUCUCCUCCCCCGAAAAGAUUAAUCCGACGUAGAGUGUUAUGCGCGGGGAUGGCAUGCCUAUCUUGUGUUGUCACUACACUCUAGAUGUGCACAAGCCGGGGACUGUAGCGGUAAUACUGUGGGGAAGGUGGGGAAGAGGAAGUGAUAUCGUUCAGGGCGAGUAAGUGGAACAACUCGGCCGUCAUUAACAAGAAAAAAUACUUCAACAGCUACUUCCCAUUUGCCCUGGCAGUACCACACUUACACAACUGGAUCGCACACUUCAGCUGGUAACUCAACUCGCAUUCAAAGGAAUUAUGAUCAGUGACAAUGCACGUAUAUGUGGAGACUGGUGACUGACAAGGCAAGAUGGAUCCUGACGCUACCGUCAAGAAGAAAGGAAUGUAUAUUUUCGCGACUUUGGUAGCAGUAGCACUGGCUGUAGUGACGGAGGUGACAGGAGGGAAAUGCCCGGAUAUAGAAGACAACUUUACACACAUGAUACUUCACAAGGACACUGUGUACAUAGCCGGGUCUAAAUGUGUCUGUCGGGGAAAGGCAGGGGUGCUGGAACCUUGUGCGGAGACAGGCUCUCGCACCACUGUGUUGGUAUUAGUAGCAGAAACACAGCUGUUAAUGUGUUAUGCAUCAGGGAAAUGUGAAACACGUAUGCUGAAUAAAAAUGACCUUUCUUCAAACACAAGUUUAGAACUUAGCCCAUCAAUAUUUGGAGAUGAAAAUGAAACCAUUGUGUUUCCGUCUUCUCUCUCUGGAAACAGUACUGUUUUGUACACGUCUACAAAAGUGUCUCUUGGGAAUUCGAACAAUGCCACUUCCACCCUGAGUGUUUGGAAACUGGAGUAUCAACUGAAAAAAGCGACAAGGACGUACACUAUUGAUCUUGUAGAAAACGUCACACAGAUGUACCGGACAAACUAUAACCCUGUGGGCGGGUUCAGUUUCAAUGGGGCUGGACACUUCUUUGCAAACCAGAUCGCAAACACAACGAAUAAUUCGACUGUUUCAAAACUCAUAGUUGUUUGCAAUAACACAUACACAGAUGUAGUUAUUGAUAGGAAUUAUUGGGAACCUAUAUCUGAUGUUGUUUUACUCUCUGCAGGUCAAAACCAUGAAAAGUUCAAAUCUGCUCAUAACACGACGUACGACGCUCUUGUUCUUGCCGUCUUUGAGAACAGGGAGAACAAUACAUCGCGGUUGACCUAUUAUACUUUUGAAGAUCUUUACACAUCUUUGUCAUACGCCGCAACGUCCAUGCAAGAAGACAGAUAUCUGAAACCAUAUAGAUUAAACAACACAUGUAACAGGUCAAAAGAAACCCUAUGCCAAAGUGAGGAGCGGUGUAAAAACUUCAUAGCAGAGUUCUCCUCCCAAGUUGGGAGUCUUGGAAAUUUAACGAACCUACUAUCCGGACUUCGAGAACCGAUCGGCAGGAUUCACAGGGUUACAGGAGCAUCAAUUCACGGCGGUCUUCACAGUUUGAUAUUAGUGGCUCCGACGAAUGGGUCAGUUCAAAUGUUAUACAUAACACGAAACAAAAACCUGCUGAAAGGUGUUUACAUCGGCAAUCUGUCAAUCGAGGGGACAGCAGUCAGACAGAUGAAGAUCGUUGAAGAUGAUGGUGUGAUCGUUCUCUACGAAAACAGAACUGAGAAAGAGUGCCUGCACAAAGUUCCGUGCAAUGGUAUUAUUUCAUCAUGUUUGAAUCGGUCUGAUCCGUUCUGUGGAUGGUGUUGGAACAAAACAAAAUGUACUACAUUCAAGGACUGUGGUCACCUCUAUUGGAUACCAAUUAACGCAGAUGAUGGCGAUGCUUUUAUUGACACACUGAGUCCAGAUAAGGGCCCAAUGGCAGGGGGCACACGUCUCACGCUGAAUGGGAGAAGCCUUCAUCUCCUCAGCAUCAGCAUCAGCGCACUCACCAUCACCAUAGGGGAGAAGACGUGCACGGGCAUCAACAUUACUAGCCAUGAUGUCAUGACGUGUCUCACACCCCCCAGUCAGUCGCCAGGACAACAGAACGUGACGUGGACGAACGGUAAAAGUGACAUCAACCCAAUCGGCACAUUCCGUUACGUUGAAGACCCCACUAUAGCAGGGAUAUUCCCAAACAGAUCCUUUGACAGUGGCGGGAGAAACUUGGUAAUAUCAGGGACCAACUUCGACGCCAUCCAGAAUCCCAGAAUGCAGAUCGUGGGCGCGAGCGUGUCGGAGGGUUGCCGCCACACAAAUGACAGUUUGAUAGAGUGUAGUGCUCCAACAAUCACGAAGGACCUCAGAGACAAGCUUGAGAUAGACAACAACCCCGACAACGCUGAUCUAAUACAAGUGGAGGUGGAAUUCAAAAUGGAUGGAGUCAAUUCCAGUUUACUUCGCCAGACCUUGGAGAUAGUGAGCGAUCCCGUAUUCUAUAACUUCACUGAGGAGGGCAUGACCAAAGAGCUCGUGGAGGGGAUACGAACUGUCAUCAUCAUCAGGGGGGAACGAAUCAAUAUAGCUGCAGCAGCAGCUGACUUCCACGUGACUGUUGGUAGGAAUAGCUGUGACGUACUCUCCAGGAAGGUGUACAGAACUGAGAUCCACUGCCUGGCCCCGGAAAGUCGCCCACUCACAAUAUCUGACGAUUCCGAGGAGCCUGAAGUUCAGAUACGCCUGGGUUAUAUACAACGUCGUGUCGGCUACCUGCGUUAUAUCCCAUCCUCCAAAGUACACUUGUACUUGUAUAUAACCGUCGGCUUCCUGGCACUCGGCGUCCUGGCCCUCGUUAUCAUCGGCGUCCUUCUACGACGUCGGAGCCGACUGGCGGUAGAGAAAUUGCAGGACGACAUGGAGCAGAUGGAGCUCCGGAUGCAAACCGAAUUCCGGCAAGCCUUCGCUGAGCUUCAGACAGACAUGACCGACAUUACAGGCGAGCUGGUGGAGACAGGCCUACCUUACAACAAGUUCAAUGUCUACGCUUUCCAAAUACUCUUCCCAACCGAUGACGUCACAGAGAUGACGUCACACAAACUGGCUAGAUAUCCUGAAAUUGAUUGUGUUGACGUGACAUCCCUAGACACUGCCAUGCUGGAACUGGAAAGUCUCUUCUUGAACAAGUUCUUCGUCAUCACCGUCAUUAACACCCUGGAAAAUCAGAGGACGUUAUCUCUGUCCGACAAAUCAACCUUCGCCGGGUGUCUCGCGGCAUGUCUGUUACAGAAUAUGGACUUUUUCUCGCAACUGACCAAAUUACUGCUGGAGCAGUAUGUACCUGAUGCUAUUGCAAGAAAGAAACACAAAAGUCUCUUUCGAAGGUGCGAGUCUAUCACGGAGACUGUCACGUCUACGUGGCUGGGGAUGUGUCUGCACCAGCAUCUCUUGAAAAGUCGCGGCGGUUCAGCUUUGAUCAUGUUGGUGAAGGCGAUGCAGACGGUGAUGGAGAAGGCCCCGAUAGACGCCGUCACUGGAGCAGCUAGGGCCACACUGGCCUAUGACCAACUGCUGCUGACCCAAACUGACAAUGAUCAAUCGAUAACUCUUAAAGUGCAAAUCAAUGGAGGGGAGUUUGCGACGACCUGCGCCGUUCUGCAGUGUGACACAAUAACACAGGUCAAGGCCAAAUGUCUCGGGGUCAUCUAUAAGAAGGACCCGGCAUCCAUUCGGCCCCGUUCGGCGGAUAUAGAUUUGCAAUGGCUAUCUGGCAACCAGGGGAAGUUGAUACUCAAAGAGGAAGACACGUGCCCUGCCGCCGACGAGAAUCACGUCAAGCUUAUGACGUUGUCAGACUAUCACGUCACUGACGGUUCGCUCGUCGAGCUCCUGAAUAAACACACGACAGAAGAGGAGGAAGACCGAUACGUGAACUACAAGAAUAUUCAGCAACAACAGCUAACUCAUAGCGAGGUACAACUUCUCGUUGAAGACGAGGAAGAGGAAGAGGAGAAGGGAGGAAGUAGUAGAGUAGACGCCAUCAGAUACCACUUGGUGAAGCCGGAUGAGGAGGACCAAGGGAAGACCCGGAUACUGCCGGAGGCCCACCUACACAAGCUGCUACAGGCCAAGAUAAAUGUCAAGAAGUUUGUGGAUGACGUCAUCGACUCCGCGCUGGACAAGAAGGACGUCCCACUGUGUGUGAAGUACCUGUUCUGUGUACUAGAGGGACUGGCCCUGCGGCAUGACGUGGACCAGGACACUCUCGUGUCUUGGAAGAACAACAGCUACCCUGUCCGCUUCUGGGGCCGGCUGCUGUCUCGCCCAAACAUAGUGUUUGACAUCGACACCCCGGAGUAUUUGCAACCCUCGCUGGACAUCGUGGCCAGCACCUUCAUUGAUAGCUUCACACCCCCUCAAAUGCUCUCGAAGAAUUCAUCCCCUCACAAACUGCUGUUCUUCAAAGACCUUGACGACUACCGGGCGGUGGUCAAAUCCUUCCACCGUGGGGUCAGUUCGGCCCCUGCUGUGGACGAAAGGGACAUGGCUAAAGAGAUGCACAAACUCACCUAUAUGCAGAGCUUCAACCUGAACAAAAUAGCCGUGUUCUAUGAGCUGUUUCUUGUUAUUGCCAAAUUCAAAGAUGAGGUUUUAUCGGAUUUGGAAGAAAAUAAGGACACUAGCAGAUUGAAACUGAGCGAGAAGCUCGAGCACGUCCUGGAGCUCAUGGAGAGUUGAUCUUCACGGACAUUUCCUAACGACAAAGGCCAGGAGGCUGUUCCAAUUUCCGUACUGAUGUAGAUGUGUGCCAUCGCGCUAUCACACCAGUUCGGCCUUACCGCGGAAGAUGUACCUAGAAGAGCCUGUCACAUAACAUUAUGACUUGUUAUUAUUGCUGACACUUUAUAUUUUACAAUGCUGUUGCUGUAUGUUGUUGCCAUGGUAACAUCAUUGUUAUGCUUCCAUAUGUAAUUUACUCACAGUGCUUAUUUUAAACAGUGUUAUAUGAGUGUGUAUAGAUUUAACACGGUAGAGAAAAGAAGUUGAAAUAACAUGAGACGAGACAAGUGGCAAUUGUCUUGCUAUAGAAAGUCCGUCUUGUAAACAUGUAUACAUGAACGCUCCGACACGAUCGUGUUAUUAAAUAACACACUGUUAAUACAAAAACGUCAACGCCAGCGACUAACCAUGCAGUCUCGACACACGCCGAAACAGAUUCCAUUGGGCGUACAAAAUAAAAUAGCGUUGAAAAUUAUAUGAAACAACUCGCCGACAUGAUAGUGUACACACUACCCGUGAAGAUCAGGGAUAGAAUAGGUCUUCAGCAACCCAUGCUAGCCGUAAAGGGCGACUUGUAAGAGGUGACUAACGGGAUCGGGUGGCCAGGCUCGCUGACUUGGUUGAUGUAUGUCAUCGUAUCCCAAUUAAUUGGAUAAAUGCUCUAAUGUCAAUGAUUGGGCUGUCUGGUCCAGACACGAUUAUAUACAGACCGCCGUCAUAUAACUGGAUUAUUGCUGAUUGCGGCGUUAAAUAAUAUAAACAAACAAACAAACAAACAAUCAUAAUAACACGCCGAUAAACCAGACGAGACUAUUUGCCUUGAACACUUAAACACUCAACUAGUACUACAAAAUGACGUAUAGAAGUAUAUCUUGUAAAGAUUUUUCAUGUUAUAUUUCCAUGUUAUUUCAAAAUUAAAAUGAUUGUUGUAAAAUGAUAUUAUUUGUAGAUGUGAAUCAGCUUGACGCAUCGUGAAUGCUACAUCGCAUUUGGACUGAAAUGACAUUGAUGUACAUGGACCACAUGUGAUUCACUGCAAAUUGUUUACAGUUUGUAUUCUGAUAUGGACGUAGUUUGUCAUAACGUGCGUCGAACCUUCAGAUCUGAUAGUUCUAUAUAUAAAUGAUGCGAAUAUGAAGCGUAUUAUUCAAGUAACUGUCAAAUGUUUCCAACCGCUCCAUGACUCCAUACAGUCUCCAAGGUUGAUUCACUCCUGCUAUUUUAUUUCGUUGUUGAUUUAUAACUUCAUACCCCUGCCUAUCUCUAUCAUGUAAACAACGAAACAUAUUCCAGGGACUCGAGGUCCAUAUACAUAUUCUAUAUUGUAUAUCAUGUUUCAUCGCAAAUUUCUUCCUUAUAUUUUAUUUAUCGCACAACCAAAUAUAUAUGUACUUUAAUUAAAGUAUACACCAAUA